UCAACCUGGACGACUUAGUACGUCCAUUUGGAAGACUUUCCAGACGACUUAAAUAUAAGUCGUCAACUAAGUCGUCCAGUUGGACGACUUUCUAGACGACUUAUAUUUAAGUCGUCUACUAAGUCGUCUGGAGUAACAAUUAAGGCGUGAUUGAUUUAGCUUGUGUUCUGACUUCUAUUGUUGUCUUUGAUUAUUUUGCAGACGAAAAGGAUGGAUAUUUCAGAACUCCCCCGUAGGUUAUACACAUUAGGGGAAGAGCCAGAACCCCACAAUAGCAUUUCGUAUCAUACGGAUAACACGAAGUUGCAUACUGCUCUUAGGGAAGCUCUCACCGAUGCUGAAUUUGAAGAGCUCAAGGAGUCGAGAUUGGGAGUUUUCAUCAAGUUCAAGGAGCAGGGAUUUGGUUGGGCUUCAAGGCUGGUUCACUACUUGCUCGGUUUAAAGCUGGACAUUAAGAAGAAGUACGAGAUGUGGUGUCUCGUUGGUCCAGAACCUGCGAGGUUUUCAUUGUUAGAGUUUGAAAACAUCACUGGUCUAAACUGCGAGUACAUCGAGGACCUUGAGACACCAGAAUGUGAAGUUACCCCAGAGAUGGUUUCUUUCUGGGGGAUGAUGGGAGUUCAUCUGGAAGCUGGGCCAACUACUGAUCAGAUAAUAGCAGCACUGAAGAGAUGCGGGGAUUGGUCCAGGGAAGAUCGCAAGCGACUCGCGUACCUUUCCAUCUUCACUGGAUUCAUUGAAGGGAGAAAGUUCUCAAGCGCUACACGAGCUGUUCUGGCAAGGCUAGUGAUGGAUUUAGAACGGUUUGAGAAUUAUCCAUGGGGGAGAGUCGCGUUUAAGGUGCUGAUGGACUCUUUGUGGAACAAAGAUAUUACUGGCUGUUACACCGUGGAUGGGUUUAUACAAGUUCUUCAGGUCUGGGCGUACACAGCUAUUCCGGGAUUGGGUGCUAGUAUUGGUCUACCCAGAGCAAACAGUCCGUCUCCACCGAUUCUGGCUUACGAGGACAGCAGAGGCCGCAGAUUCAUGAAAGCUGCUAUCUUGAGUCAGGUACCUUUCCAUCUUCACUUAAUUCCCAAAGCAUGGCUGGAAGACGUACAUAUAGAUGCUUGGAUGAAUGUGCUGAGGCAGAGGUAUAAGGAGAACCCACAAUGUUUCCGGAGCGAGCGAAUGUGCUUCCUGGAUCACAACUUUACCCAGUCUUGGAGAGAACAGUAUCUGUUCUUCAAAGCAUCGUCGUCUGAUCACAAUGGUUUAGGAAGAAUGCUACCUAGUGGGGCGGCGAGUUUGUAUGACGGAUCAAUGCCUUCAUUUUGCCAAUCAAACAAGAAGUGGGGGGAGGACAUUGAUGAUAUCUAUGCGCCACUGAACUUGGACAACAAACAUUGGGUUGCUAUUUGGAUAUCGAUCCCUAAGAGGCACAUAGUCGUCUGGGACAGCAUACCUUCAACUACCAUACCAGAAAGAUGGGAUGAGAUAAUGGAGCCUUUUCUCAAGAUGGUCCCUUAUCUGAUUGUGGAGUGCGGAGACCAGAUGCAUGGGUUGGAGCGAUACACAUAUGAGAGACUGCUGAAAGAUGUACCCACGGCCAACAAUGGUGAUUGUGGCGUGUACGCUGCAAAGUACAUUGAAUGUCAUGCUCUUGGGGUCCCCUUUAGCCCUAAAGACUUUGCUAGGUCCAAUGCGAAGACUAUGAGGGAUAAUAUGGCUGUGGUUAUAUGGACGGAGCUUGUUGAUCAGCAUUUGAAAGAUAAUGAGGAUGGUGGUAUGUUUGUGGGCAUGUAUGAUUAGAUACACAAAUCUAACUUGUAUAGAUUUUUUAACUUGUAUAGAUACACAAAUCUAUUUGUAUAUUUGAACUAUUUGUAUACACAAAUCUAUUUGUAUAUUUGAACUAUUUGUAUACACAAAUCUAUUUGUAUGUUUGU